AAAAGAACUACUUAAGUGUUUUUUAAAAUGCCGUCGGCGCUGGACAUUGGGCUUUUUAGCCAGCCAGAGUGGAGUGACUCUAGUGAUUCUACGGAACCUGGACCGUUGCCUCAAUUGGGGUACUUCGUGCCUGUCAGGUGCAGAUGUGAACGGACCUCGCACCACGUGUGUCGGAGAAGCAGAAGAGAAUCUCCCCGGUCUCGUCGGUCCGUGUCACAAUGUUCUUGCAACAGCAUAUCCCGCAGGUCCUCGGCGGCGGCAUCGCCCAUGCCAAUGCCACUGCCACCCCUCAACAACACCAUGGAGAUGUACGUGGAACCAGUCGUCGAAGAUGUCGGCAACGAGCAGACGGAUUACCUGAUGUUAAUCCUAUAA